UCCUCUCGGCGCGCGCCCCGCCCUCCGCAGCUGUGCACACUCGGUCCAGCUGUGAGCGAAGGUCCGGAGUCCCAGCCAUGUCCGCGGAGAGAGAGGUAGCAGAGGUGGCCACUGUUGUGGCGACAGCCGAGGCAGGGUCUGCGGAAGAUUCGUCUUCCCAGCCCCCGGAUGCCGAAGCAGCUGGCGACGCCCAGCCACCUACGGCCUCGGAGGGGGCCGCCGCUCCUUCGCAGCCCCCGCUGCGCUGCCUAGUGCUCACUGGCUUCGGCGGCUACGACAAGGUGAAGCUACAGAGCCGGCCGGCCGCGCCCCCGGCCCCUGGCCCCGGCCAAUUGACGCUGCGCGUCCGGGCCUGUGGGCUCAACUUUGCAGACCUUAUGGCCCGGCAGGGGCUGUAUGACCGGCUGCCGCCUCUGCCCCUUACCCCGGGCAUGGAGGGAGCAGGAGUCGUGAUCGCGGUGGGCGAGGGAGUCGAUGACCGUAAGGUAGGGGACCGGGUGAUGGUGUUGAACCGGUCGGGCAUGUGGCAGGAGGAGGUGACUCUUUCCUCGGCCCAGACCUUCCUGAUGCCUGAGGCCAUGACCUUUGAGGAAGCUGCAGCCUUGCUGGUCAAUUACAUCACAGCAUACAUGGUCCUCUUUGAUUUUGGCAACCUGCGGCCUGGCCACAGCGUCUUGGUACACAUGGCUGCAGGGGGUGUGGGUUUGGCUGCCCUGCAGCUGUGCCGGACGGUGGAGAAUGUGACGGUGUUCGGAACGGCCUCGGCCAGCAAGCACGAGGUGCUGAAGGAGAAUGGAGUCACACACCCCAUUGACUACCACACGACAGACUAUGUGGAUGAGAUCAAGAAGAUCUCCCCCAAAGGUGUGGACAUUGUCAUGGACCCUCUGGGUGGGUCAGAUACUGCCAAGGGCUACAACCUCCUCAAACCCAUGGGCAAAUUGAUCACCUACGGAAUGGCCAACCUGCUGACAGGCCCCAAGCGGAACCUGAUGGCCCUGGCACGCACGUGGUGGAACCAGUUCAGCGUGACGGCCCUGCAGCUGCUGCCGGCCAACCGGGCGGUGUGUGGCUUCCACCUGGGCUACCUGGACGGCGAGGUGGAGCUGGUCAAUGGUGUGGUGGCCCGCCUCCUGGCUCUGUACAACCAGGGCCGCAUCAAACCCCACAUUGACUCUGUGUGGCCCUUCGAAAAGGUGGCGGAUGCCAUGAAGCAGAUGCAGGAGAAGAAAAAUGUGGGCAAAGUCCUUUUGGUACCUGGGCCAGAGAAAGAGAACUAGGGCGGGGCUGGGGGAAAUCUUGGGACCCGGGAAGAGAGAAGCUGGGAAGCCAUUUACGUGGACCGCCAGACCCUCUGAAUUUCGUCGUGUGUCGUAAUGCUCUGCUCUCUCGCCCCAAGGUCCCCGUGGUGAUGACCUCUCCCCUGCCCUACUCUUUCUCUGUAACCAAGGCUGCCCCCUCCCUCCUUCCUGCCUUCUGAAGAGAGUGGGAAGUGACCACUUGGAUGUCUGGGCCCUGCCAAGGGGACAGGGAGGGUCAGAGGGAGACCGGCUGCUUCCUGCCCCCACCCUUUCCCCGGGCCUGUUGUGCUGCUUUCGUGCCAAGGCUAGCCAAUCCCUUCCCGUCCUGUUCUGCGUGCUUCCGCCUCCCCCUCCUCUCCCGCCCCCGCCCCACUGCCUCCCCAAAGAAUUGAAAUGUCAGCUCAGGAUAUGGGGCCAAUCUGUGUGAGUCCAGCAUGUCCCUGUUUCGCCCUACUGUCCCUUCAACCCCAGGCCGACCAGUGCCCACCUGUGACCCCCUUGCCUCAUUGCACGGCCUCGUCCUCUUGUCCCCAACUUCUUAAGCACAAUUGGGCUUCUUCCACCUCCAGGUUUGCUGCCACUCUUAACCAAGGUUGCCUCUUACAACGAGGGCAGGAAUCACACCUGCUCCCCCAGGGAGGGAUGCAGAGCCCCCCGCCUUCACUGAGUUCUUUGGAUUUGUUCUCAGUGCCUUAGCAAUGGAAAACCUGUGCUUGUGUGUGUAGGGGGUCCCUGUCUAACACCUCCUUCUCCACCCCGGUACUCCCCAGUGCCUUUCUUGUUCGGGUGGAGCUGGGGUUUUGCUGCUCCCCAGUCCCACGACACUGCCAAAAAUCUGUGUGUGUGCCAGGGUCGGGGGUUGGGGGCAGGGAGGGGGCAGCCCCUCGCCUCCUGGGUUCUGUGCCAUGUCCUGUCUGUCUCUGAGGCUGUCAUUUCUCUAUCAGUAGUUGAAGAGAAAGAGGCGGGGAAGUUUUCUCAGUCUUGCUGAUAAGUGUGGCAUUUACCGCCAGAGCCCUGGGAGGCAAUGCUAUUUUUUGUUCUGGGACCAAAGCAAAAAUUAAAGCACAUCCCCAUUCGGUCGCGGGAGGCUCCCCACCCCCUGCCUUCUUGGAGCAGGGAGGCACCUUUUCCAACUCAGCCCCAAACUUUGUUUACAUGGGUGGGGAAAUGGAGCAGGGGAGUGAAACUGCAGGAUGUGGGUGCGGGGUUAGGACCUGGGCCGCUAGAACCAAAGCGGGGACUUCUCGGGUAGGGGUGUCACUCCCUCUGCUCUCUAAGCUGGAAUUAAGAAGGGUUACUGCCCCAGCCAUUGCCAAUGGGAGGUGGUGGGGAGGGCUCAGCCUCUUCAUUGUCUAAGUGAGGCCUACAUGAUGUGAAGUGCGACUUCUGCUUCUGUGUACCCCACCCCGUUACCGAAGCUGCCUUUGUGUUUGUGUCAAUAAAAGCCAAACCCUGUUUGUUCCUGGA